GCACCACGGUCCGGCCGACUCGGUACAAGCUUGCCAGCCAGCACGCCAGCCCAUUCAUUCAUUCAUGCACACGCCGUUCGUGCGCGGCUUUGUAGUGUGUCUUCACUCCACUGCUGCUGCUGCAUCCCCCGGAGUAGAGGACGGCUGGAGGAAGUGGCGGGACCGAACAGUGCGAACGGAGGGCGGGCAGCGGCCCAAACAGAGUCCUCUCUAGAGCUGAUACACUCGCGGGUGCAGUGGAAUUCAAAGCGAUCAAAGCCAAAGGAUUUAUCUAAAACAAAAAAAAGUCACGGGAGAGUGAAACCGAAGUGUUUGCGUGUGUGUGUGUGUUAGGGAUCAGGGAUCAUUUGGAUCUUGUUGUGUGUGUGUGUGUGUGUGUAUAAUUAGAAGUGAUUUCUACCGCAGUAUGUGCUCGGGUCGGCAGCGGCCUCUAGUGGUGUCUAGUGUGUUGGGGCCUACUGCUGUUGCUGCUGCCAUUAUCCUGCCGUGUGCCAAUUGGUCUGCGUGUGUGUGAGACGAGUGGGCGUACACGCGUGUGUGUGUGUGUGGAUGUGCGCGCUUAUGAUUCCUCUGCCUGGUGGGUGGCUCCUUCAUCUCGCUCACGCUCUCUCCACAUGUGCUGCGCUUCCUAGUAAAACGUGCGUUUCUCUCACUGUGUGUGUGAGAGUGUCUUUGUGUGUAUGUGUCCUGGACUGGCUCCGCGCGCCGAGUAGCAUCUCAAAGGGGUGGACCAUAUAACUGUGCUUAAGCAAGAAGUGGAAAAGGCAAGGAUGCAGCUGGCAGCACGGGGCGAUUGAAGUUGAACCACAGAUUGGGUACAGCUUGAGCGCCCGCCCACCCUCAAACCCUGCAGCUUGCACCAAGAUCACUCCGUGGACAGUGUUCGAGUGCCACCGUAGUGCUGCGGAAGGCCUCCAAGUGAACACUUUACAAGAGAGGCUGGGAGUGUAUGUGUGUGAGUGUGAAACAGCGCUUCCGCAGCGUCGUGUCGUGUCAUCAAUCAACACACAGUCCUGCCCUGCUGCAAGGAGGCUCAUCCAAUCAAAAAAAAAAAAAAAAGCAUCUACCACCCACCCAGCGCUACAGAGAGAAGGAACAUCGUCCAGGAGCUGCAGAGCCCCAAAAACACAAAAACCAAAAAAAACGCAUCGCCCCGAAAACCGUGAGGUCCCCGGGAGCCUUCUGCCGACAGCGACAGCCAACCGUGCACGGGCGGGACCGGGAGUCACCAUCCAAGGGCAACGAAGAUGAACACCGUCCAGAGCACGGGCCAUGCGACCGUUCGGAACAAGAAGGACUCGCAGUUCGAGAGAUCGAAAGCUCGAAGCUGCACGGGCGUCGAAUAUCGCUGUACGAUAUCAAAUCGGGCCGGUACGAGUGGAACACGCAGAACGGUUCCUGGAUCAAUCGGUACGAGUAUGUGUUCAUCAACGCGGAAGGUGGCCUGACCGCACUGCAAAUCACCCGCGAUGGCGGCUUCCGGUUCGAGGUGCUCAUGAACAAUGCCACCUUCCGGCAGCUCAACGUUGACAGCUACGACGUGUCACCGGAUCGGAACUUUGUACUACUGUACGCCUCGAACGGAAACACGCAGCGCUACAAUCGCAGCUACUACAUCUACGACCUAGCCGCGUCGAACGUGUUCUCCCUGUCGGCGAAGGAAUCGGACACGACGGCACCGCAGCUCCAGCAUGUCCUGUGGGCGCCGGUGGCCUCGAACGGCUCGGGAACGGGCGUUGGUGGCGAAAAGGCGAUGUCCGGCCAAUCUUCCCACUCGUCCUCCGCUGGGUCGGCUGGAUCGUCUGGUGCGGGCGCGUCGCCGAGCUUGGGCACGGCCUCUUCCCAGGGCAUCGCGUACGUGCAUCAGGGUGACAUCUACUACAAGCCCCGCGUACAGUACGAUCUUAUCUGCCGGAUCACCACCAGCGGACGGGAUGGGCCCGUGCUGAACGGUGUGCCCGACUGGCUGUACUCGAACGUGCUCGAGCUGAAGGGACCGUCAUUGCUUUUCUCGCCCGACGGCCAGUAUAUGUCAUUUCUUUCCUUCAACCUGACCGGCGUUCAGGAGUACCAGUAUCUGUGGUACGGUGAUGGGCAGCAGUAUCCCAAGAUACACAGUCUGCGCUACCCGAAGGUACAUGCGGCCAACCCGAACGUGACGGUGUACGUGGUGCAUCUGGGCGUGCUGAAGUACAUCUUUCCGAAACCGGUCCACGUGCCGGCGUACAUCCGGUCGACCGACAGCUACGUCGGCGGGCUCAGCUGGCUCUCGCCGACGGAGCUCUCGGUGACGUACGCGAGCCGUAACCAGAGCGUGGCGCAUGUGCUGCUUUGCCGGGCACCGACGUUUAGUUGUGUGGAGAUCUUCCAAGAGAAGGCAGUAGCCAACUCGUGGGUACUGAUCGGCGAGACGCCACUGUUCAUCCGGCGUCCGACGGCGCUGGAAAACUAUGCCGCCGAUGCACCUCAGCAGCCACCGGCCGGUUCAGCUCCGACCACGACAACGACAACGGCCGCACCGCCACCGCCACCAACGCCGCCCCCACCGGCAAUGCCGCGCCAUCUGUACAUGCUGAAGCGGCUGAACGUGCGGGACGGUUCGCACGGCUACUAUCGCCACCUGGUGCUGGUCCUGCUCGGCACCAAGCGCACCAUCACCCUGACGAUGGGCCAGUUCGAGGUGACGGAAAUCGUCGGGUACGACGAGCGGCACGGGCUCGUCUACUUCAUGGCGGCCCCGUACCACAAGCCGGGCCAGCGCCACCUCUACAAGAUACCGCUCGGGCUCGAGCAGCUCGCCUCGAUGGCGGGCGGCGGUGGCGGCACUGGGUCUUCGGCUGGCUCGAGCGAGCCGCACCAGCACCAGGAAACUGGCCGGCCCGGGCACAACGCGAGCGACGUGCUGCUGCUGCGCCCGUUCGGCUCCGCCGUGCCGUACUGCGUGACGUGCGGCCGGGGCCCCACCGACGGUAGCGACGGCGCGGACGGUGGCGAUCCGAAGCGCCCGAACAACUGUCUGUUCAAUCGCGUCUCGUUCAACGACGACUACACGUACUUCGUGCAGGAGUGUCUCGGGCCGGAAUCACCGUCCACCUACCUGGUGGAGGCCGGCACGGAGCGCAAGGUGCGCGUCCUGAACGACGGCAACGAGCUGCGGGAGCAGCUGGUGCAGCUGGCCAAGCCGCAGAUCAUGACGUUUAGCGUGCAGAUCAAGUACGACUUUAACGCGCAGGUAAAGCUGUUCCUGCCGCCCGGCGUCAAGGAGGACGACGACCUGCAGCUGCCAUUGAUACUGCACAUCGAGGCCGGCCCGGAACGGCAGCUCGUGUCGGAGGAGUACAGCGUCGACUGGAACUGGUACCUCAGCAGCCACCAGUCGUACAUUAUCGCGCAGAUCGAUGCGAGGGGGUCCGGCUUUCAGGGCGAGUCGCUCAAGACGCAGAUCCGUGGACGCGUCGGCAUCGAGGUCGAAGAUCAGCUGGCCGUACUGAUGUAUUUGCGGGAUAAUCUGAAGCUAGUAGAUCCCAAUCGCAUCUGUGUCUAUGGCAAGGGCUACGGUGGCUACAUCGCAAUGCAGAUGCUUGCUACGGACGCGAACCAGGUGCUGAAGUGUGUCGCCGCCAUCUCGCCGAUCGUUUCCUUCCGCUACUUUAAUUCCUUCUUCACCGAGCGUUACGUGCUGCAGCAGGACGACACCGAGCGGUCGCUGAUCGAGUCGGACCUAUCGACGAAGGUUGCCAGCCUGGCGUCGAAGAACUUCCUGCUGAUCCACAGCACGGCCGACUGCGUGGUGCACGAGCAGCAUGCCGCCCUGCUCACCCGCUCCCUCGUCAACCGGGGCAUCAUCUUCCGGCACCAGAUGUACGUCGACGAGGAUCACGAGUAUCGGAGCGUGUCCGAGCAUCUGUACCACACGAUCGAGACGUACAUCGAGGAGAACUUCGGUAACGAUAACCAGGACUGGACGUCGGCAUUCUUCCUGUCUAAAACGUAGUUCUUCCAGUGGUAGGAGGCCAAGCGAACCGAAAUAAAAUAAUACACACACACACAUACACAUGCAUACAUAUACAACCAUUCUCACAGACACACACAAACACAGACACCUUCACACAAAGACAGAGUAACAUCACAACACGUUUGAUUAAUGAUAGAGUAAUGAUAAUUUAAAGAUAAAAAACAAAGAGCAAAACAAGAAGAGAAAAAUAUAUAAGAAUCUAAUAAAUGAGAAACAAGGAAAACCCAUUUUGCAGCUGAGCAGGGACGAACGUGGAGUAGAGUGAAGUAAAUGACAUACAUAUUUAAAGCAAAAAAAAAAAACAAUGUGUGGGUGUAUGAAAAAAAUUAAAUGGAUGCAAAUUUAAAAAGGAAACAAUAAAACGAAACACGUGCACCUCCAGGCACGCAGAUACACGCAUGGCGCUUUAAAGAGAGGGGAGGAAAGCCAAUUUUUGACAGAAAAAGAAGAAGAAGAAGAAGAAGAAGAAGAAACGAAGACAACAACCUAAAAGUAGUGAAUUGCGCUGGCAAUUCGCAAAACAGAUAGAUACUAGUCUUGUCUAGCGUUUGAAAAAAAACGCAAAAAACACACACACACACACUUCCCCCGGUGUUUGAACAUUUCAUAUUUGAUCCUUCUACUUGUCUGCAACCCAGCAUGCGUGUGUAUGUGUGAGUGUGUGUGUGUGUGUAGAUUUGCGAGGCUGUAUGUGUGUAUGAGUGUUGUGUUCAUUGUGCGAUAGCUAUUUUAAACAGUCCCAGGCUAAACAUACACCAGCAAAGAGAAGACAGUGAAAUCCUACUAAAAAGCACCUAUUCACACACACAUACACACACACGCACUCAUCAUGUUAAAAAUUUCGAUUUUUUCUUUCCUCCUUUGCGUACGAAAUUCAAAUUGCCGAAAGUCCUCCAGGCUGUUUGAUCACUGGAACACUGGAUUGGAAGCAAAAAAAAAA